AUGCUCAAACUGAAUAUAAAACCAAGAGGUAGAAAAGCCUGGUGUGAGCCGUCGUGUCAGGUUUCCGUCACGCGACACAAACCUCACACCAGGCGUAUGCGAUGGAAAGCUUACCAUUUCCUCAACCAAAAGGAAACAGCAGACAGGGAAACUUACGGAUUCAAAUCAAGAAACUCCACACCACAAGUCAAAGAUCUUAUCCACUUCGAAGAGGCCAUGACCAAGCUCAUUCAGAAUAUUAAGUUCAAGGAAUCAAAGUGCAAUUUUCAAAGCCAAUUAAACAGUGAUAUCAAGAACAAAAUCAAGAAACCAAAUACACUUCUAAUUUCAGCCGAUAAAACUACAAACUUCUAUGAAAUGAAUCCCGAUUCUUACGGCAAAUUAAUCAAGGACAAUGUGACCAAAACAUACAGGAAAGCAAGUGAUAAUCUAGUUGGCAAGUUAGACGCACAAUCUGCCAGAAUUGCCGAACGUCUUAAGCUAGGUGACCGCGUUGAAUUGGCGAAGAAAGAAGCGUUUAUCACUCUCAAAGAUCAUAAACUGACGUUCCAUGACCACCCAACAUGCCUUCUGAUCAACCCAUUGAAAUCGGAAAUUGGUGUAAUCAGCAAGUAG